AUGCGCAUCUGCUCGCAGAAGCGACAAUUGGACCUGGCUGAUGAGGAAGCGGCAGUUGCGGUAGCUACAACUGGGGCUUCAGGCGCCAUUGAAACUGCAGACGGGGUAACCGGUCAGUCGAGUCAGUGCUCCGAAGAAGAGCAGCUGUUUUUGGAGAACGGAUCUCUGGGCAUUGGAUGCAAAUUGUUCGGGCAGAUGUGUCUGAGCCAAGAUGAAGACGAGCUGGCGGUGGAGGAAACAGGUGUGGAAGAGAGGACAUGUAAAAGUGUUUUCGUUUCGGCCUUUUUUGUUGUCUUCCGUAAUCUGGGUUAA